AUGAUUUCUUUUGCACAUUUAAUGGUUCCUUUCGUUUCCUUCAUUUUGUUCAUCAUUUUCGUUUUCAAAUGGCACCUUAAUACUGGUUCAACAGCCGGGAAAAGGUUACCUCCAUCUCCACCAAAGCUUCCAGUGAUUGGAAAUCUUCACCAAGUUGGUUUAUACCCCCAUCGCUCGCUGCAAGCACUAUCCAAACGCUAUGGUUCACUCAUGCUGGUUCAUCUUGGCCGAGUUCCAGCAGUUAUUGUCUCGUCUGCUGAUGGAGCUCGGGAGAUCAUGAAAAAUCAGGACCUAAUUUUUUCAAACAGGCCGAAAUCUAGGCUCCCUGAUGAAGUUGCUUACGGCUCUAAAGACAUAGCUUUUACUUCUUACGGUGAGCACUGGAGGCAGGUGAGAAGUAUAUGUGUGCUUCAGCUUUUGAGUAACAAGCGUGUUCAAUCUUUUCGUUAUAUAAGAGAAGAAGAAACGUCCCUAACGAUUGAAAAGAUUAGAAAUUCAUCUUCAUCGUUGAUAAACUUGAGCGAUAUGCUGGUCUCGCUUGCUAAUUGCAUUGUAUGUAGAGUGGCUCUGGGAUGGAAAUAUAGUGGUGGAGACACGAUCAAGAAAUUGGAGUCAAUGUACAAGGAAUUUGGGGAGUUAUCAGGUACGUUUAAUCCAGGAGAUUAUAUUCCAGGGCUUAGUUGGAUUAAUCGAGUCAAUGGUUUUGAUGCGAGAGUAGAGAAAUUGGCCAAACUAUUUGAUGAAUUUUGGGAAAGAGCAAUUGAAGAGCACAGAAAUCGAAAGAAAGGAGAGACAAAUCCUAAUGAUGUAAGCAACGAAGUUGGAGAUCCAGAUCUUGUGGACAUAUUGCUCGAAAUUCAGAGAGAAAACAAGUCAAGUUUCGAUAUUGAAACUGAUAUCAUCAAGGCUGUCAUUUUUGAUAUGUUUGGUGCAGGGACGGAUACAACAUCUACUGCUUUAGAGUGGGCAUUGACAGAGCUUUUAAGGCAUCCAAAAAUCAUGAAGAAACUGCAGAAUGAGCUUCUUUCUCUCUUGUCAACCUCUCUACCGACGUCCGAACGCCCUUAUUUGGCUGCUGCAAGCGACGCAGCAGUAGCGUCGCCUCACUGCUCAAAGCGGAGCAGCAGUAGCAUUGCCUUAGAAACACCGGCAGAGCUCUGUUGCAACUCAAAUAUGUAG